GGGGCAAAAAGGUGUCGACUUUAAAUGGUUGGGGCAGGGAGGCAGGCUGUCGUGUUGGAUGGAGGAGCGUCACGCGCAAUCAAGUCGAAGCUCGCGCGCGUUCGCGCGCACAGACGCACAUCCACCCCCGUUUGCCUGCCUCCACGCCACAUUAAUUGCUCUGCCUCAAUUUUAAUGAAAGCGCAGGAAAGAGAUCUCCGCUUUGGAAGCUCCCAUCAUUACCUACCUCGGAGGAAAGAGACACCGGAAGACGUAGAUAUAUAGGAGGCGAGGGAGGGAGGGGCAAGGUGGCUUCACAGUCUCAGCCUCCCACCGUAUCCCAUAGGCCUCGUAGGCCGUCCAACUCCCUCCCCUGUCGCUGCUCCAGCUUCUUGUACUUGAAAUCUCAGCUGACUCCUCUCGCGUUGCAUCAGCCCGUGCAGGAGCCACCACCUCCGACUGCGGGAACCGAGAUCAGACCGGUAAGCAUGCCGUGGGCGUCGAUGGCUGCUGACUUCUACCUGAAGCGCGUUCGCUUGGUCGUCUUCUUUCGUGUCAUAGUGUGAGUUGGAAUCUUUGUUAGCUGUCGGGUGGUUUGGUCGCAACCUGUGUGAAGAAAUUGAGAAUGCACAUUGAGGCAAAUCUGAAGAGAUACCGAACAUUGGAGAAGGCUGGAGAGAUCAUAAUGAGUGUCAGGAUCAUUGCUUAUUCUCAAUUGUUGCAGGUUUGUCAGGCUGAGUACUUCCGCCAGUUGCUCAAGCCUGUCACGUAGGUUGAGAGCAAGUCGAUCUGUUCUCUUCCUUCUUCCUCUGUCACAGAAGAAGAGCUAUUCAAUAGAAGAGACACUCCAUAGCUAAGCUGUCUUUCCUUCCUCGAAGUUGGCAUCGAACAGGAAACUCUGCUCGGGAGAUCGUGUUGCUUGCUCUCGCCAUCCUCUGCUCACUUUCACCAGAUUUCUCCCACAAGCGACAGCACCAUGCAGAGGAACCCGAGAUACUUAGCCGGAAAAGCUCCACUUGAGGACGGCUACGGCUUCGACUCCGGCGCAGGCGCUUACUACCCUUACGGCGGCGCCCCUGUUGCAGGGCACGAGCACCGUGAUUUCCCUGCCCCGCUCAACAAUAUCGAGUUCCAGCCGUCGGAGACAUGCCCCAAAAACUUUGUCAUCUUUGACCAGACACGUCACAGGAGCCGGGUCAUGUUCCACCCUUCGCUGGCGCACAAGUUCGGCUCUCCCGGCUUCGACGCCUACGGAACUCACGCUCACGACGCCGGCCAAAGUGCGCACAGGGAUCACGACGAAGAGACGGAGGACAUCGACGCGUUGCUGAGUUCGGAAGAAGGCGAAGACGACGACGUGGUGAGCACGGGGAGGACGCCCGGCAGCUGGGCAGGCCAUUCCCCGGACACCGCCUGCUCCUCGCACUCGAAGUCCGCUUCUUCCAGGAAGCAAGUCUCCGGGACCGCCGGCAGUAGCAGCGGCAAAAGGGAGAAGAUGAAGAAGAUGGUGAAGACACUCAAGGGCAUCAUCCCCGGUGGCGAUCGCAUGGACACUCCUGCCGUCCUCGACGAGGCCGUCAAGUACCUGAAAUCUCUCAAAGUGGAAGUCAAGAAGCUGGGGAUGAAGCACCUCGACAACUGAACGCGAUCCCUCCCAUUCUUGAGGCGACGGAGAAGACGAUCGAGUUCCAGUUUAUGUUUCUAUGAUUGGCAAUGGCACAGCAAAGCCAUGCUUUGCUCGAUCUUUCUGAGCAUGGCGAGCGGUGCUUGUUGGAUGCUUAUUUGCUCCUUACGAAUUGCUGUGAUGUGGGGCAAACCAAUGCCCAAUCUACUGAAAUCGUGCAUGGUUUGCUUUUGUACUC